AUGAAACAAAAAAACUAAUUUUAGUUGAAGAAUGCAAAAACUUAAAGUAUUUAUUCGUCUGAAUCAACAAUUCAAACUCCUUCUAGAUAAUUAUCACCUAAGUCACCAUAGAUUUAGAUUUCAUCUGCUUUAUCCUAUUCGAAUUUGCCUGUUUAAUCUGAUGCAUUAUAUUAGGUGAAAAUAAAAGAACUUUUAGAAGAAAAUUAAAAGUUGAUUCAUAAAAGCUCCAUGCAAGACUUAAUCAUUAAUAGAUUAUAAUAAAUAGAAGAAUUGGAACCAACACGAUCAAGCAGAAUUAAUACUUUAAACAAUACUCGCAACAAUAGCAAGAAACAAAUCAAUAAAAUUUAAAACUUCGUUUACACUAGCCAAAAAGAGAGCAAAGAUGAUAAACUGCUAUUCACAUUCUACAGUCCAGAACCAAAUCAGAAAACCAAUGUUUGUAAGCUUCCAAAGGUGUUCUAAGUGAUUCCAAAGAAGAGAAAAUACUUUAUAUGA